CACAAGCAAUGAGUAAGAAGAGAGGCAAUUUGUUUGUUUACAAUGUUUGUGGUGGUUAUUGAAUUGAAAUUGAAUGUUUGAUUUAUGUGUUGAUAAGUAAUCAGAAGUGAACCGUGUUAUAUAAACAUUCACUAAUAGAAUUUUAGUAACCGCAAUAAAAUAACUAAGGAAUUGGUUAAAACCCAUAUUUUACAAAUACUUAACCAUAAGAUUAUAGAUAAGCCUAUACCCAUUUAGUAACUUUUAGGUAUUUUUUACAACUUUGCAGCAUAAUUCUGAGUAUUUAAUUGUAGUUGCUCUAUAGCUUGUAGGUUACUAUUGAAACUUGUUUUGUAUGGGAAUAUAGAGAGCUCCGAAAUGAGUGAAGAAAGACUAGUCACAGAGGUUCCGAGUAGUUUAAAACAACUGGCAAGACUAGUGGUGAGAGGAUUUUACACAAUAGAGGAUGCAUUAAUCAUUGACAUGCUGGUUCGGAAUCCCUGCAUGAAAGAAGAUGAUAUAUGUGAACUAUUGCGAUUUGAAAGGAAACAGUUACGAGCACGUAUUUCAACUCUUCGGAAUGAUAAAUUUUUACAAGUGAGGUUACGUAUGGAGACAGGAACUGAUGGAAAAGCCCAAAAAGUGAACUAUUACUUUAUAAAUUACAAGACAUUUGUAAACGUAGUGAAGUACAAAUUAGAUUUGAUGCGGAAACGUUUGGAGACUGAAGAGCGUGAUGCUACAAGCCGAGCAAGUUUUAAAUGUCCUCAGUGCCAUAAAACUUUUACCGACCUUGAAGCUGAUCAGCUGUUUGAUUUCACAACAGGAGAGUUCCGAUGCACAUUUUGCCGUGAAAUUGUUGAAGAGGAUCAGUCCGCCCUUCCCAAGAAAGAUUCAAGGCUAAUGUUAGCCAAAUUUAACAGUCAAAUGGAACCACUGUAUGAACUACUGCGCCAAGUGGAAGGCAUUAGACUGGCUCCAGAGGUCCUUGAACCUGAACCUGUGGACAUUAACACAAUCAGAGGACUGGACACCAAGAAGAUGGGGGCAGGGCUGAGGCCACCAGGAGAGCACUGGUCGGGAGAGGCCACAAGAGGUGGAGGGUUCGCUGUCCAAGAGGCUAGGGUGGAUGUCACCAUUGGAGAGGAGGAGAGGAGUCAGGAGGUGGCUAAGAAGGAGCGGCCAGUAUGGAUGGUGGAAAGCACUGUUAUAGCUAAUGAUCCUCAGACUGAAGAUCUGCUGGGUGCGAGUGCAGAGGCAGAGAAGGCUGCAGUUGCUAAACCUGGAGGGGGUAGUGGGGAAGACAUCAUGUCCGUACUGUUGGCUCACGAGAGGAGGGGAGGUAGUGGCACAGCAGCGGUAGGGGCUGCCACCAAGGCUAUCUUACCUCAAGACAGCAACUCAGAAUCCAGCGAUGAUGACGAUGCUUUCAAAGACAUAACUGUUCCUUCUCCAGAUCUAGAAGCUCCAGAUUCAGAAGAUGAUGACUUGAUUCCUGUUGUAACGGUUGGAGAAAAAACAGUAGCAAUCACAGAAGUCAAUGAUCAGCUUAUUCAGGAGAUGUCACCACAAGAGAAAGAAACUUAUAUUCAAGUUUACCAGGAGUACUAUUCACAUGUGCUUGAUUGAAGCUUUUAUAAUAUUUUAGUUAGGAUCAUUCUGUAAGUCUUAUUAAAUAUUUUACAAAUAAA